AUGACCGGCCGAGGGAAAGGAAAAGCGUCGGGCACCAAGGCAAAGAGCAGGUCCAGCCGAGCAGGUCUUCAGUUUCCAGUCGGCCGCAUCCACCGACUCCUUCGCAAAGGAAACUAUGCAGAGCGUGUCGGGGCGGGUGCUCCCGUGUACUUGGCCGCUGUGCUCGAGUAUCUAAGUGCUGAAAUUCUAGAGUUAGCCGGAAACGCCGCUCGUGACAACAAGAAGACCAGAAUCAUUCCCAGACACCUGCAGUUGGCCGUCCGAAACGACGAGGAAUUGAACAAACUUCUAGCUGGUGUAACGAUCGCCCAGGGCGGUGUUCUUCCCAACAUACAGGCCGUGCUGCUACCCAAGAAGGCCGAGAAGAAGCACCAUUGACAACAUCAAACCAUAAAACGGCUCCUUUAGGAGCCACCCAAACCUCGAAAAAGUCGUGAUCAGUGAAAAAAUCCAUUUACUCCAAUUGACACUCGUACAUGCACACACAAGCGCUCGCGUCUUUACUUUGUUAUCGAUCAAAACAAAUCGUUUCAGUUCAGCUAGUGUCCAUCGCUUACAUUCCGUAUUUUUGAUCCCAAACUAGUAAAAGAAAUAAAAAGCAAAUAAAAAUCAAACAGACGGAAUGAAAGACAAUUCAAAUCAGCUUGUUUUUUUUGGAAACAUUGCCGGCGACUUUGUUUUCCUUUCGUUUGGUUGGACGACGGUAAUUUGAUUUGCAAAAUGCCUCGACACAUUUGCAGCCCGCUCUUGUCUCUCUCUCUUUCAAUUGUUGGAGUGUGGAAUUUGCGAAUUGCAUAAACUGCUUUCCUACCUGUCAAGACAGAGAAACGCAUUUGAGUUUGAAUGGUACGAUCGCUGAUCACAAGUUUGCGUGGUUGUUGCAAACCCGCUUUAAUCUUUUCUAUUCUUGCCAUCCCCGUUCCAAUAAGGAACGAGGUACUUUUUAUUGGGGCUAUUUUUAUUGGGGCUUUUUGGGGCUAAUUUUGCAUAGCAAGACAAGCGACUCGAAAUGUGUGUGUUAAUGAAAUGUGUUAAUGAUCAGAACUAACGUACUUGGAGAACGGUGCGAUCACGCGUGGUUCCAUUGCGUGGAAACGUAAUAGAAUUUGAGUAGAACGUUCGCUGAACCCAGCUUUGCACGGCUUUUGAAACCCAAUUUACUACUUCCUAUUUCCUGCCAUCCCAGUUCCCUGUUGGAACGAGAGACUAUUUGGCACACCACGACAAGCGACUCGAGUUACACUGCAUUAACGCUAACACAAGGAUUAGGAGAAACGUUGAGAGCAGAAAAAUAUCGCCCUUUGACUCGUUGUUCAAACACAGGGUUUGACCAUCACUGUGGCUGAUCACGACUUUCGCAUGAGGUGGUGGCUCCUAAAGGAGCCGUUUAUCAGUUCUCUGAGGUUUCCGUGA